AUGGCUGAGCAGCUGCCAGCAAUUGGAUAUCUGCAUUCGAUUGUCUACCAUAAUAGAGACUUUGGCACGGGAAGGUUCACAACCAAUAAUAUCGAGAAUUUAUGAAGCAGAAUGAAGAGGCUCAGAGCUUAUAAAAACGGAUUCCACCCAAGAAAUGAUAAGGAACUUGAAGAUUAUGCUCUAUAUUUCUACUGGCUUUUGAAGCAUAGGUCUGUUUCCUGAAAGAAUUGAUCUUUUGAUAGAAAUACUUAA